UAGUAGUUUUGAUCUGAUGAUGAUACUUCUUCUAUCUUCUAUCUUCUGUCUUAUAGAGUAUGCGUAUUUUUAGUUCUGUGUUUUGUUUAACUUCUUUCCUUUCUUCUUGAUUUUUAAAUAAAUACAUACAUCAUCAAUACUGACUUUGCUGCGACAACUUUAUUUACUUCAUCUGCGACACAGACCGACCGCGUGCACACCCCAAAGGAAUCAACAGCAUUACUGUGUCUACCCUUUUACCCUUCUACCCUUCUACCCUUCUACCCUUCUACCCUUCUACCCUUCUACCCUUCUACCCUUCUACCCUUCUACCCUUCUACCCUUCUACCCCUACUACCCUUCAACAAAACUCUCCGAAUGCCGUGUGUAACCAUUGUACAGCAUUAUAUUUGAACUUUCGACAACCUUACUUAUACGCGGCUUCACCCAUCACCCGAGAUUCGAUAUCGAAACAUCUGCGAAACAUCAGGAAGGGGUUUGACGACUUUACUCUCUCAGAAGACAAGGCUUUCGGGCCUGAGAGGAAGAAUCAUAUUUAACAAAUUCCAAAUGACGAUAGGCGAUCUUAAAACACGAUUCAGAGCCAAAUUUCAGCGAAGACAUUCCCAUACUGCCUCGAUAACAUCCGUGAAAGAUGAAGAAGAAAAGAUUCAUUCCGCGGGAGGAGAGAAUAAAGUGACAACCCGCAGUCUACGAUCAAGAGCAAGUUUUAGGUUACAUCGAACAUCAAUAUAUGGAGGCUCAACAAAUGGUUCAUCAAGGAAUGGUUCAGGUUCUGGGAAUAGGGAUAGCAUGGUUGAAGAGCAGAGUCCAAGUCGGAGGGAGAGUCAGAGUCAAAGUCAGAGUCAAAGUCAAAACCAAAGUCGAGAUUCAAAAGAAGCAUCAAACGUUGAAGAAAUAAUUCCAGCUCAUGAUUUCCAUGAUGAUAAUAAUAAUAAUGGUAGUCGGAUCGAAAUUGGUGCUGAAAGAGGAGAUGGAGGAGCAGAUGGAAUUGGCGCGGAACUAAGGUUAAACUUUCGAAAUAGUAUGUUUGAGUAGCGAUCUGCAACAUCCUUCACAUUCACAAAACAACUAACAACUUCACUACCAGGUGCACCUUCAACCCUAAAUUUCAAACAACAACCUUUUAUCAAUCCCGAAUUGAUUAUCGAAGAAGAAAUUAAUAAAUACGAUAGUUUUUCUACAUCAACAGAUUUUCCCACUCCGAAUACGGAUAUACCAAGAGUUUUGGAGGAAGAAGAAGAGGAAGAAGAAGAAGAAAAGGAUGAAAUUCAUCAUCAACGGCAAUCAGAGUCUAUUAGAGAAGUGAAAUUUGGUAAUUCAACACCGCAAAGCCCUAUCAGUCCAGUUAAUCCUACCCACCAAUCUACACCUCGAAAACCCGAAUUAUCAAGACGCCAGAGUUUACUUCCUCAUCAACAAACAAAAUUAAUCAAAACUUUAUUAGAGACGGAUUUACCAGCACAACCUCAAGUCAACCCACCAACUGGAGGAACCGUUGGUGCCGAUUAUUUUUCCAAUCACGGUCCUUUAACGAUAAGCGCAGCGAUGGUUACUCGAAAGAUAUGGGUUAAAAGGCCUGGUGCUUCUGCGACCUUGGUUACUAUACAUGAGGAUGAUUUGGUCGAUGAUGUGCGAGACAUGAUUUUAAAGAAAUAUGCCAAUUCAUUGGGAAGAAGUUUCGAUGCUCCCGAUGUUACAUUAAGGAUUGUACCAAGGGAGCAACAAAGGCAGGAAAGGAUCUUGGGCCCGGAGGAACCAAUGAGUCGAACACUCGAUGCUUAUUUUCCAGGUGGUCAAUCAGUGGAUGAAGCCUUGGUAAUUGAUGUUCCUGCGCGAAGGACACCGAAAGCCUCUCCUAGGCCUAACAUGCAUCAGGUAUAUUAUGAAGAAGGACGACCUACUGAAGCUGGAUCGGAUUACUUUCCUCCUAUGCCUAUCCCUGUCCCGUCUCCAGGCUUACAGCAUAGUGUCCCGGUCCAAAAUGGAACUCAACAUUCAGCUCCCUUGUUAGCGCAUGCCAUGUCUGUACUUACAACCGGUCAUGUACCAGCUUUACCAUCUCCAUCAGCUCCGAGAAGACAUCAUAGCUCGAGACCAAGGAUAGGACGGACUCAUACUUCAUCUCCUACAGUAAUUAGUGGACAUAACCAAGCUCCUAUUACAAACAAUGGUACGCAAUUUCAACGUGGUGGGAGAUCAAGAACUCACUCAAGUGCCUCAGAAAAAUCCGCGGUGCCUCCACCCCCUCCACUCCCAACUCCGCCUGCGCCAAACCAGGAUCUUGUACCCCAACGAGUCGCUACACCCCCUCCGAGGGUAUCAUCCCCUCGGCCACAAAGAAGAGCUAAGAAGAAAGUUGGCGUCGAUCAUCCUUCAUUACCAGCAGGCAUGCUCAAUGGCGCCGUUCCACCGAUUAACGUCCUCAUUGUCGAGGAUAAUAUUAUCAAUUUAAAACUCCUCGAAGCCUUCAUGAAACGUCUCAAAGUCCGCUGGCAAACCGCCAUGAACGGUCGCGAAGCAGUAAAUAAAUGGCGAGGUGGUGGUUUUCAUUUGGUACUAAUGGAUAUUCAACUUCCUAUCAUGUCUGGACUUGAAGCUACAAAGGAAAUUCGCAGAUUGGAGAGACUUAACAGCAUCGGAGUUUUUAGCAGCAGUGCAAGUAGUAGUGCGCCUAGCGAAAGAGAGUUGGAGGAGGAACCGUCAGAUGGAGAUAAGUUGCCAAGCACGGUACUUUUUAAGAGUCCAGUUAUUAUUGUGGCUUUGACAGCUAGUUCAUUGCAAAGUGAUAGACAUGAGGCAUUGGCAGCCGGUUGUAAUGAUUUCUUGACCAAGGUUUGUUUAGCCCUCAUAUUUUAUUUGUCUGGUCAUUCGUAUGCUAACACAUGACCAAAUAGCCCGUUAACUUCGUCUGGCUCGAACGUAAAGUCAUGGAAUGGGGAUGCAUGCAAGCACUAAUCGAUUUUGAUGGUUGGAGGAAAUGGAAGGACUUCAGUUCCCAACAAGCGGCGGAAAAAGAUGCGACUGAUACGAAAAAGAAGGAUGCUCAAGGGGCGGUGAAAGCAAAGAAGAAGAGUAGAAAUUCUGGGAGUUUGAGUGGAUUAGCAGGACACGGGGGAAGUAGUACGAAAUUGAGUUUGUUGGGCCAGGGUGGUGGAGGAGUCGAUAAUGAGGUGGUCGUGGGAUGAGAGAGUGACCUUAAUAUAUGAUCUAAAGAACUGAGGGAGAUUGCGCGGUUUUGACACUUGAGGCUCGGCGGCAUAGCAUAUAGCUUUGAAGACGGAAUUUUCUUUUGUUUUCUUUUGUUUUUGGUGGCAUUACUUCAAGCAGGACUUCAAGCAGGAAGUUUCUUUUUCUUUUGUCACUUCGGGUCAUGGCUGUGGAUUGUGGACUACGUUAAGUUUUGGGUUCGGAUUAUAAUGGGUAGGAGCCUAAAAUAUACAAAUGUCGUGACACGGGUGGGACGACUGGCGUUGAGGGAUGGGUGGUUUUUAAUGACGGUUCUUUAGUGGGGGAGGUUAGUUUUAUAAGAUUCCUUUGGGGGGCUGGGAGGGCAGCGGGACAUGGGAGAUGGGUUAGAGCGGUAGGAGGGA